UACAGAGGACAUGAAAUUACAACUACGGUUACAAGGACCUCUAAGUGCGAAUGGUACUGGUCGUGUUGAAGUGCUCUACAACGGACAAUGGGGAACAAUCUGUGAUGAUGGGUGGGAUUUGCAGGACGCUAGAGUUGCAUGUCGGCAACUCGGUUAUGCAGACGCAGUCGUGGAACUUGAUGGGAGCCAGGUUCCAUCUGGUUCUGGGCGUAUUUGGUUAGAUAACGUCGCCUGUACUGGCGAAGAAGAAAAUAUAGCAGAAUGUCCUAGUAAUGGUUUAGGAAAUGAAGACUGUUCACAUUCCGAAGACGCUGGAGUUGAAUGUAGCAGAACAGUUCUUGUAGAUACUCCUGUGCAACUGAGAUUACAAGGGCCGUUGAGUAAGAAUGGAACAGGUCGUGUUGAAGUAUUCUUUGCUGGAGAAUGGGGAACAGUUUGUGAUGUUGGAUGGGACAUACAAGAUGCAAAGGUUGUAUGCCGACAACUUGGUUAUCGAAAUGCCAUCAGACCUCUUCAAGGCGACCAGGCUCCCUCUGGUUCAGGGCGUAUAUGGCUACAAGAGGUUUCGUGUACUGGGGAAGAACAAAAUAUCACCAGUUGUUCGCAUCCCGGAUGGGGAAAACAAAGUUGCGAACAUUCCAAAGACGCUGGAGUAGAGUGCAGUAACGAAGAUAUACCUCCUGUGGCAAUCAGGUUACAAGGUCCUUCGAGUGAACUUGGAAAAGGUCGUGUUGAAGUAUUCUUCAACGGACAAUGGGGAACAAUUUGUGGUAAUGGUUGGGAUUUGAAUGAUGCUAGGGUUGUAUGUCGUCAACUUGGCUAUACGGAUGCAUUUAGAACACUUGGUCAGGUUCCUCCUGGUUCCGGACCUAUAUGGUUAGAUGAGCUUGAAUGUAGUGGGGAAGAACAAAAUAUAACAACAUGCUUUCAUCCCGGUUGGGGAAAUCACGAUUGCAGCCAUGCUGACAAUGCUGGAGUAGAGUGUAAAACAGCAGGUAAUGUUUUAUCACUAAGGUUAGAAGGACCAUCGAGUGUGAAUGGUAUUGGUCGCGUUGAAGUGUUAUACAAUUCGGAAUGGGGGACAAUCUGUGAUGAUUCUUGGGAUAUGAAUGAUGCUAGGGUUGUAUGUCGUCAUCUUGGUUAUCCAGGUGCCGUAAGGAGUCUUCGAGGAGGCCAGGUUUCGCCUGGUUCUGGACCUAUUUGGUUAGAUGAUGUUGAAUGUACUGGGGAAGAACAAAAUAUAGCAAAUUGUUCUUAUAAUGCUUUGGGAUUUCAUGAUUGCGACCAUUCGGAAGACGCUGGAGUUGAAUGUAGCACGACAGAUUCAUCAACGUAUGGAUCAAUUAGGUUGCAAGGCCCAUUGAGUGCAAAUGGAACAGGUCGUAUUGAAGUAUUUCAUAAUGGACAAUGGGGAACAAUCUGUGAUGACGAAUGGGAUAUAGAAGAUGCUAGGGUUGCAUGUCGUCAACUUGGUUACCAGAGUACAGUCAGAGCUCUUCAAGGGUCCCAAGUUCCUUCCGGUUUUGGCCCUAUAUGGUUAGAGAACGUCAUUUGUAGUGGCAAGGAAGAACAAUUAACAAGUUGUCCUCAUCGGGAAUGGGGAGAUCAUGAUUGCUCUCAUUCCGAAGACGCUGGAGUGGAAUGUAGUACAAGUGAUCCCUCCCCAAUGAAGACCAUCAGAUUAAAAGGGCCAUCAAGUAGCAUUGGUAAUGGUCGCAUCGAAGUCUAUCACAAUGAACAAUGGGGAACAAUCUGUGAUGAUAACUGGGAUAUCGAAGAUGCUCAGGUUGCGUGUCGUCAGCUUGGUUAUACAGAUGCUGUUCGAGCACUUCCCGGGCGUGAGGUUCCUUCUGGUUAUGGACAACCUAUAUGGCUAGAUGAAGUCAAUUGUAGUGGAGAAGAACAAGAUAUUGCAAGUUGUUCCAAUCCCGGAUGGGGGAAUACAGAUUGCGGGCAUUCGGAAGACGCUGGUGUAGAAUGUUCUUCAGUAGAAAUAAACAUAUCGGUGAGGCUAAGAGGGCCCUUAAGCGAAUCUGGUACUGGUCUUGUGGAAAUACUCUACAACAAAACCUGGGGUACCAUCUGUGAUGAUUCCUGGGAUGUAUACGACGCCAGGGUUGUAUGUCGUCAACUGGGUUAUCCAGAUGCUGUUAGUGCACUCACAGGACAUAAUCCUCCUGGCAUUGUGACAUCGGAUAUGUGGUUAGACGACGUCGAUUGCACAGGGAAUGAAGAAAAUAUAAAGCGCUGUUAUCAUCUUGGGUGGGGAAAUCAUAAUUGUGAUAGUUCAGAAAACGCUGGUGUCGUAUGCAAAAGGGAAGGCAAACCAAGAACAUUAAGGUUGCAAGGACCACUGAGUGCAAAUGGAAAAGGUCGUGUCGAAGUUCUCUACAAUGGCCAAUGGGGAACAAUCUGUAGUGAUGAAUGGAGUAUGAAGGAUGCUAAGGUUGCCUGUCGUCAACUUGGAUAUCCCGAUGCAGUCAGAUCUCUUCAUUAUUGGCAGGUCCAUUCGGGUUCUGGACCUAUAUGGUUAUCUCGUGUCAAUUGUGUUGGAGCAGAACAAAAUAUCUCAGUUUGUCCCCACGGUGGCUGGGGAGGCCAUGCUUGCUCACAUGAAGAAGAUGUUGGAGUGGAAUGUAGUUCAACAGCUCUUGUAGAUAAGCCUGUGACACUGAGAUUAAGAGGACCAUCGAGUGCAACUGGGAAAGGUCGUGUUGAAGUGUUCUACAAUGGACAAUGGGGAACAAUUUGUGAUAAUGGAUGGGACAUAAACGAAGCUAGAGUUGUAUGUCGUCAACUUGGUUAUCUUGACGCUGCGAAAGCUCUUAAAGGCGACCAAACAUCUUCAGGCACUGGUCAGAUUUGGCUACACCGUGUUGAAUGCACAGGAGUGGAAGAAAAUUUAGCUAAUUGUUCUUAUUCUGAUUGGGGGAGUGGAGAACUGCACUGCUCACAUAACAAUAACGCUGGAGUACAAUGUAUUUCAGUCGCCCCAGGUAGACCUGGUUCACUCAGGUUACAGGGACCACAAAGUGCAAAUGGAACUGGUCGUGUUGAAGUACUCCACGAUGGACAAUGGGGAACAAUUUGUGAAAAUGGAUGGGAUAUAAAUGACGCAAGGGUAGCUUGUCGUCAACUUGGUUAUCCAGAUGCUGUUAGAGCUCUUCCUUGGUACGAUGUACCUCAAGGCUCUAGGAGUGUGUGGUUGGAGGAGGUCGCUUGUACCGGAAGAGAAGAAAAUAUAAAUGGUUGUGCUCAUCCCGGAUGGGGAAAUAGUGACUGCGUGCAUGAUGAAAGCGCCGGAGUUGAAUGUAAUACAACAGUCGAUUUCUUUACCGUGUUUUUACUGGUAAACGAACAUCAUGGUGGUGUACACGUCUCUACAGAUAACUCCCAUCAGCAAGAAUAUUUCAGAAUCGAACCGACAAAAACAGUGGUGAAAAGUAAAAAAUGGAAGACAACAAAUUUGUUGGCAAUAAGUGCAGUCGAUGCUGGUACGAACCGAAAGGUUCACAUCAAUGGCCAAUCUGUUGUGUAUCUGAAACCGGCUAUUAAGAAAAAGGUUUCGUUGAACGUUCUCCUCAUCCAAGCACCGAAAUCUAUGGAACGAAGUGUUCCGUAAACUCCUAAUUGUCGAAGAUGAAGACUCAGUUAAAUUACAUUUAAUUAUUGGUAAUGAUUUUCUCAUUGUAGUUCUCAGGCGAGAUAAAUUGUACUUACUAUUAUUAGAAAUUGUGCUAAAUUAAAUUGAACUAAUUAUACGAAAGUACUGAAUUGUACUU